CACAGUUCAGUCAUCGUAACAAACCUUGUGAUGGCAUCGGCUAUGGUGAAUCGAGGUGGUUCUUCAGUCAUCAAGAAAGUGUCAGCAGCUCUUAGGAUCAGGUCUUACGCAAAGGUUGCAACUGGGUCUGACAUACUCUCUGCCGCACCCAAUGUUUCUCUCCAGAAAGCUCGUACCUGGGAUGAGGGUCUUGCUUCCAAGUUCUCCACCACUCCUCUCAAAGACAUCUUCAAGGACAAGAAAGUUGUCAUCUUUGGGCUCCCAGGUGCAUAUACAGGAGUUUGUUCAAACAAACAUGUUCCACCUUACAAGGAUAAUAUUGAUAAGUUUAAGGCUAAGGGAAUCGAUUCUGUUAUUUGUGUGGCUAUUAAUGAUCCAUAUACUAUGAAUGCUUGGGCUGAGAAGCUUCAAGCAAGAGAUGCUAUUGAGUUUUAUGGGGACUUUGACGGGAGCUUUCACAAAAGCUUGGAAUUAGUCACUGAUCUGUCUGGUGCAUUGCUUGGAAUUCGAUCUGAAAGAUGGUCAGCUUAUGUUGUAGAUGGAAAGAUUAAGGCUCUUAAUGUUGAAGAAGCUCCAUCUGAUGUCAAGGUUUCUGGUGCAGACACCAUUUUGGGACAGAUUUGAAGUUUCUGUUGUUUUGUAUUUAUGUAGGUUGUAAGUCUUUAAUAAAAUGUACCUAAUGCUCCCACCUGAUCCAAUGUUGUGAGUUGAAUUUUGGACUUGUUAUUCUUGUUGUCACUGCUCCCUAUUCCCUGAAUGCAAGGUUAUAUGGUGAAAUAAGUUUCAAGCAUUCAUUU